GGCUUUUGUGGAGGGGUGAAUUGAAGAAAUAUAGAUUUCACUUCCGGGGAUUUUAUUUUUGACUCGGAAUCCCACACUUUUUUCUGUGUCGGGAUUUUUUUCUUAAUUUUAUUUUUGAUUUUUUUUCUGAAUUUACGAUGUCUAUGAUUACUACCUCCGCUUGGGUGCGCCGCGGUGUGGCAGCGCAGUUCCCGACGAAAUAUGAAAUCGAUGAGGAGGAGAUGAAUCGCAUAUCGAAGCUUGCGAGAAUGCAGCUCGAGGAUGCGCGGGAGGAAUUGAGUGCCGCUCAGGAACGGGAAAAUGGAGAGCACGAUGAGAAGGAUGGGGAUGUGAUGGAGGAGGAUGAUGAUGAUGAUGCGGAGAAGAAGACAGAGAAGAAGGAUGCUACGGAGAGUAAGGUUAACGACGAUGACGAUUUAAAGGAAUACGACCUUGAUCACUACGAUAGCGAUGAAGUGGACGAGGAUGGCGAGAAGGUCACCAUGUUCGGCAAUGUCAAGUCGUUGGCAUACCACCAGCCUAACGAGGAGGACCCGUACCUGGUUGUCCCCGAGGAAGAGGAUGAUGAAGAGAGAGAGGAACUCCAGAUUCUUCCGAUGGAUAAUUUGCUGCUUGCGGGGAAGAUUGAGGAUGAGGUGGCGCACCUGGAAGUCUACGUCUACGAGGACGAGGCGGAUAAUCUCUACGUGCACCACGAUAUCAUGCUGCCGGCUAUCCCUCUCUGCCUCGAAUGGUUGGAUUUCCCAGUCGGAAAAAACGCCGAGGGACGCACCACCGGUAACUUUGUCGCCGUGGGAACUAUGGAGCCCGAUAUCGAGAUCUGGGAUUUGGACGUUGUGGACUGCAUGUAUCCCAAUGCCAUUCUGGGCCAGGGUGGCGCGGAGAUGGAAGCCGACCCCAGAAAGUCCAAGAAGAAGCAAAAGAAGUCCAAAGCCAACGAGGAGUUCCACGUUGAUUCCAUCCUCGCUCUCGCUGCGAACCGACAACACCGUAACCUCUUGGCUUCCGGUUCGGCCGACCGCACGGUUAAGCUCUGGGAUCUGAACACCGCCAAGUGCGCCAAAUCCUACGCGCACCACACAGACAAGGUGUGCUCCCUGGACUGGCACCCGAAGGAGUCGACGGUCCUUCUGACCGGUAGCUACGACCGCACCGUCGUCGCGGCAGAUAUGAGAGCCCCCGACGCCAAGGCCCGCUGGGGUGUCGACACGGAUGUUGAGAACGUGCGCUGGGACGUCCACGACCCUAACUAUUUCUACGUGACCACUGACGGCGGUAUGGUUUAUCGAUAUGAUGUGCGGAACGUGCCCGCCACCCCGAAGGAGUCGAAGCCUGUGUGGUCCUUACAGGCACACGACUCGUCGGUGUCCGCCUUCGACAUCAACGCCAGCAUCCCGGGUUUCCUGGUUACCGGGUCAACGGACAAGCAAGUCAAGCUCUGGAACAUUGAGAACGACAAGCCUAGCAUGGUUGUGUCGCGCAAGCUGGAGGUCGGCAAGGUGUUCUCCACCACUUUUGCUCCGGAUGCCGCGGUGGGCUUCCGGCUGGCGGUGGCGGGAAGCAAGGGCGUGGUCCAGAUCUGGGAUACUUCCACCAACGGCGCGGUGCGUCGGGCCUUUGUCUCGCGGAUGCCCUCGUUGGCGGGUGAUGUGCAGGAGCGUAUGAUAGGGAUGCAACCUGAUCAGGAUGAGUCCGAUGAUGACGGAGCACCAGAGAUUGGAGGCGGUGAGGGACAAGAUGGCUGGGAGUCGAUGGAAGAGGAUUAAAUUCCGUAUUAAAAUUGCUUUCUUGAUGACUGGAAAUUAGAAUAUUGAGACGAUUUCUACAUAGCGGUGCUUCUUGGGUCUUUUUUUUUUUUUUUUUUUUUUAAAAAAAAACACCAAAAAAAC